GAAAGAUCAAGAUGGCAGAGUACGCAGUUGUCCAGAAAGGAACGUUGAAACUUAAAGGAAACGCACAUAUCUCUGUCAGCAAAAAGAAGAAAAAGAAGGAUAAAGAACGGAAACAUCUGGAACAGAUGAUGAUCACCAAAACGAACGAGGAGGGAGAGACCAAGAAAGCAUAUGUGGACAAGAGGACGCCAGCUCAGCUUGCGUUUGACAAAAUCCAAGAGAGACGGCAAAUGGAGAGAAUUUUGAACAAAGCAUCCAAGACACACAAGCAGAGAGUUGAGGACUUUAACAGGCACUUGGACACCCUGACGGAGCACUAUGACAUCCCCAAAGUCAGCUGGACCAAGUAAAAGCGACGCUCUCUGGAAUGUCGAAAGUCUCCUGGACUCGGAACUAUUGAACGGACGUUGUUUCUCGUAUUUAAUGAUCUGUUGAUGUGUUUGUCACUCUCUGUUUUCAUUUGUGUAGCUGUAGUUGUAACCUUGUUGCAGUGAAGAUCUUUUUUUUUUUCUUUACCUAUGAUGAGUUGCAACAGCAAAUGAAACUGCUUUCCUUCUGUUCAUUUCUCUCUUGGCCUGUGGAGUUUUUUCCCUCUUUUUUUUUCCCCUUCCUCCCCCUUUUUU